AAGGAGACAUUCGCACUUCAGGAGACUCAUCUUCUUUAAGCCAAAUCAAUAAAAAACACAGCUUCCCAACACCAUGGCUUGCUGUGCUCCCCUCUGCUGCAGCGUCCCCACCAGCCCCGCCACCACCAUCUGCUCCUCUGACAAAUUCUGCAGGUGUGGAGUCUGCCUGCCCAGCACCUGCCCACACACAGUCUGGCUACUCGAGCCAACCUGCUGUGACAACUGCCCCCCACCUUGCCACAUUCCUCAGCCCUGUGUGCCCACCUGCUUCCUGCUCAACUCUUCCCAGCCCACCCCAGGCCUGGAAACCAUCAACCUCACAACCUACACUCAGCCCAGCUGUGAGCCCUGCAUCCCAAGCUGCUGCUGACCGACGGCUGCCUCACCCAGUGCCUGACACAGAAAGAAUCAACCCAGAAGCUUUAGUGCUCACCUGUCUCAGUACCUGCAACUAAUUGUGGCUCUGCUUUCUAAGUUGGAACAAGGAUGGCAUUAUCACUGACAACCCUCACAAAAAAAAAAAAAACCAAGAGACUUUGAUGGCCAUGUAGUGGACAUCAGUGAACAAGGAUAAUUGAAAUAGGUAGAUGCCUAUAGGCUUCUCAACGUUGUUCAGUUCCUUCAAGUUAAAUUGUAUGUUUCUUUGGUGCUUUGGGAAUUCUCUUUCCAGUCUUGAAUGGUAUCUUUCUGGAAAUUGAGGAGCUUCUUCAUGAUUAUUCUAAUAAAGCUUACAUCUCUAGCAUAA